UUCCCUUUUUCGUACGUUGAGAGAAAAGCUCAUUUAUAAUCGUUUACGUUGUACACAAUGUAAGCCGUUAUCUUGAAUGUUAUCUAAGAAUGUUACUUGGAAGUUACCUAUAUAAGUUUGAAUGACAUGAGUGAAUGCGUUCUGAAUCAAGUCCAUUCCUUGUCAGCCUUCAAAUCCGGAAGGAGCUCUCAAAACAUGUGGACGGCUUUGCUUGUGACAGCCCUCAUUUUGUCCGUUGUUCGUUAUUACCGAACAAUUUGGAGCCUUUGCCCUGGACCUCCGAGUAUUCCAAUUUUAGGAGCCAUUUACCUGAUCUUCAAUUCUGAAGGCCCGAAAGCAUUGAUUGAUAAAAGUCUCUUGAAGUAUGGAGACAUUGCCCGAAUCGAGUUUGGAAUGCUUCGUCUUUAUGUUGUUAAUGGGUUUGAAAUGGCCAAAGAGCUCUUCAACAAAGACUGCACAUCUCAUAGACCCACUACUUGGUAUCAACGAGAAAUCAAGGGCUUUCAUGGGCAAGUUUUAGGCAUCAUUGAGGCCAGCGGUCAACCAUGGGUAGAGCAACGUCGAUUUGGUUUGAAGAAUUUGAAAGAUUUUGGUUUUGGUCGGAAAUCUUUGGAUCUAGUCAUUCAGGAAGAAGCUGAUCUCCUUAUUCAGUCUCUUUUGAGGGAAAACCAAGAAAAGAACGAGGUACUGAUUGCCAACACGUUCAACGCUCCCAUCGUGAAUGCGUUGUGGCAAAUUGUGGCCUCUAACCGGUUAGAUCCCCACGAUGAAGCCACCAAAGAUAUCAUGGAGAAGCUGGAAUUGCAUUUCAAAUCCCGAAUGGAAAUCAUCGACUUUGCGCCCUUGAUUCGACCUUACCUUCCAAUCUCCAAGUCAUCUCAAGCCAUCUUGGAACUGAAGGAAAUCAUCCGAAAAGAGAUCCUUACUCAUGAGCAAGACUUUGACCCAAAUGCUCCGCCUCGGGACUUUAUCGACACCUACUUGACCGAGAUCAAACGAACUGAAGGGUCGCCGGUUACGAACUUCCACCGUGAGCAAUUGGUAACUGUUUGUUUGGACUUUUUCUUGGCUGGUUCCGAAACCACCAGUACCACAUUGACUUGGAGUGUUAUACUUAUGGCGAUCCAUCCCGAGAUUCAAGAAAAGUGUUACCAAGAGAUUCACCAAACCAUAGGAUCCCACCCUCCAAUGACGGCUCAUUUGAAAGAUUUGACAUAUUGCCAUGCUACCAUGCUUGAAGUACAACGAAUUUCGGCCACAGUUCCAGCAACUUUGCCCCACAUAACAACGGAAGAAAUCCGGAUGGAUGGUUACGUCAUUCCCAAAGAUUCACUCAUCCUUGCUAAUUUAAGGCUAUUCCUUCACGACGCAAAGGCCUUCCCCAACCCUAAAGAGUUCAACCCGUCUCGUUUCUUGGACGACAAUGGCAAGAUUGUCAAACCCGAUCAGUUCGUCCCCUUUGGUUUUGGCAAGCGAAUUUGCAUGGGAGAGUCAUUAGCUAAAAGUGAGCUCUUCAUUUUUCUUACUUCAUUCAUACAGAAAACCAGGAUAGGGGCGAGCAAAUCUCGAGAGCCCUUAGAUAUUGCCAAUCAUACAGUGGGAAUGACAUGUAUUCCCGAUCCGUUCUAUGUAGUCAUGGAGCCAAGAAAGUCUUGAGCAGAAUUAUUGCAUGAUCCCUACAAAUCCUGAAGUUGGUUCAUAGGUGGUUUCGACACUCAUUUCUGCGGAUAUAGAACAGCUUGUUGUUUAUCAAUGCUAACUAUCAGUACGGAUGAUUUCAAGUUAGAGGGGUCGAGAGCCGUUUGUGUUAAUUUGAGUAUGUCAGUGCAGUCAAAUGCGUGUAUGUACAGUAAUUGAUGGAUCAUGAAAUGUAUGCAACAUUAUAUAUUUGUUAUGAAAUACAAAACUUUUGGGUCAAAGUGA